GUGUUUGAAGCAUAUUUGCAUGUUAGAAUACAAGACCUUACAAAAAUCAAUUAUAUAUAGCUUUGUCGCUCUUCAGUGGUAAAAAAACAAGUCGAAAUUCGAAAAUGUUUUCCUGGCAUAACGUUUUUGGGGUCUGCAAGAUGAGGUUUGUUGUUGAUUGUAACAUGCAUGGAACUGAUACAGAAAAACGAACUUCUUUUUUUUAUGGAUUUUGACUUGACAAAGUUAUAGAAAAUGAAGAAAAGUAAUAUUAUUAUCGGGACGAAUGAGGGUAAAAUUUUUCCACAAUAGAGAGUUCAGGGUCUGCAAGAUCAAGGUUAUGAGAGAUGAUUUAUACACUACUAGUGUCAAUGCACGCAUCAUUUCAAAUUAGGCAAUGAUCAUUACUCUUUGUUUAUCACUUUUUUUAGACAAUAUAUUUAGAAAACAUUACCUAUCAAGUGAAUAGGGGUAAUGUGCAUGGACACCAAAAUUCACAAAAGUUUGCUUUGUAUAAUAGAGAUUUGCAAACAAAAUUAUUCAACAGUUUCAUUCAAAUUUGGUUUGUCAACAAGUGAGUUUCCCAAAACAAAUCGUACUAGUUUAAUUAGUAAAAUGAUAUGAUUCACAAAUCACAAUUAUGGCUUUUCAAUUUCCACCUGUUGACAAACCACUUUUGGUUUAUGCAAACUAGUGAACUGUUUUGUUGUUCAUACAACUGUUCAAUGGGACAAAGGUGUUUCUUCCCUCCAAUUUUACAGUUAAAGGAGACAUCUUUGUACUUUGAAUGCAAAUGAAUUUCAAAAUAUAGUCGACAUGUCUUCCGCUUUGUUCAAAACCACAUCCAUUAUUGUGGCAGCUAUAAGAACAGGUAGAAUAGUGUAUGCACGCAAGCUGUUCGACGAAAUGCCUAACAGAGAUACAGUUGCUUGGAAUGCAAUGCUUACAUCUUAUUCUCAUCUGGGUAUUUACCCAGAAGUCUUUUCACUGUUCCGUGAGAUGAGAAAUGCCGAUACUAAGCCUGACAGUUUCACAUUCACUGCUACUCUGAGCGCUUGUGCUGGUGCAGGAGAUGUGAAAUAUGGUUCAGUAAUUCAUGGUUUAGUCGUUGUUUCUGGGUGUCAGAAUUCACUUCCUGUUGGAAACUCUCUUAUUGAUAUGUAUGGCAAGUGCAUGAGUCCUUGCAGUUCUGAGAAAGUGUUCGAGGAGAUGGGAUUGCGGAAUGAAGUGUCCUGGUGUUCACUUCUGUUUUCCUGUACUAAUGCUGGUCGUUUAGAUGUUGCUGCAGAAGUCUUUUGUAGGAUGCCGGAAAGGGUUGAAAUUUCUUGGAACAUUAUGAUUGCUGGUUAUGCGCGGCAUGGAGAUUGUGAGUCGUGUUUGAGCUUGUUUAGACAAAUGAGAGAGAGCGGUGGUUGCCCCGAUCAAUGGACUCUGAGUGCCCUAGUAAACUCACACGUCGGAAGGGAGGAAACCCGAUAUGGACGCAUGAUCCAUGCUUUUGUGGCUAAAAGUGGAUGGUAUACAUCCGUUGAAGUGCAAAACUCAAUCCUGAGCUUUUAUACUGAGUCAGGAUGUCGAGAUGAUGUUAGCAAAGCUCUUGAAUCCAUCGACUGCUGGAAUCAAGUUUCCUGGAACUCUGUCAUUGAUGCUCAUAUGAAAAUGGGGAAUACCCAUGAAGCUUGCAGUCUGUUUCAAAAAAUGCCAGAAAAGAAUAUUGUUUCCUGGACAUCAAUGGUUGCUGGAUACGCAAGACAAGGGCAGGAAGCAGAAGCCAUUUUACUGUUCGUUAAUAUGAUGAGAGAUUCUGUUAAACCUGACAAGCUAGCAUUUGGUGCAAUCCUCCUUGCGUGUUCUGGUUUGGCUUUACUUGGGCAUGGUUUGAUGAUACACGGAUGUUUGAUACGGCAUGGUUUCCAUGCUUGUGUUUACGUAGUGAAUGGGUUGGUUAACAUGUAUGCGAAGUGUGGAGACUUACCUGGAGCAAGCAGAGCAUUUAGUGAUGUCGUGAACAAGGAUUUAGUAUCAUGGAACACAAUGUUGUUUGCAUACGGGUUGCAUGGACGGGCCAGCCAAGCCCUGCAUCAUUAUGAAGAAAUGUUGGCACAAGGAAUAAAACCAGAUGUUGUGACAUUCAUUGGUUUAUUAAUGACUUGUAGCCAUGCUGGUCUUUUUGAGAAGGCUCAAUAUCUUUUGGAGUCAAUGUCAUCAGUUCAUGGCCUAUCUCAUGAAAUGCAUCAUGUAGCGUGUAUAUUAGAUUUGCUUGGGCGUGGUGGGUUUCUAGCGGAAGCCAGAGUCUUUUCUCAGGGAGUAAAAGCUUUAAAGGAAAACUCGUCUGAAACAAUGCUUGGAGCAUGUUCAAUAAAUCUAGACAUACAUUUGGCAAAAGAAAUUGGCCAAGAAUUGAUUAUUUCAGAGCCUCGGGAUGAGAUGAGUUAUGUUUUAAUGUCCAAUUUGUAUUGUGCAAGUGGGCAGUGGAGAAAAGCUGAGACAGUGAGGAAGACUAUGGCCGACCAAGGAGUACAGAAAACGCCUGGAUGUAGUUGGAUUGAAUUGAAAAAUGAAUCAACAAGUUUUGUUUCAUGGGAUUAUUCACAUCCAUACAUGGACAAGAUGUGUAAGAUUCUUAGUAUUCUUGAAAUUGAAUUGAGAUAUCCAUGCUUUUCUAAUUACGGAAAUUAAAAUUUGUUCAUAUCUGACAUAUAUAUCUGCCCACUUUUCAUAAUUCUGCAUGCUCUUAACAAAACUAACACAUUUUAUAAAUGAUUCAGUAUAUGUUGCUUACAUGCU